CAAUAGAAAUGUGAAGUAUUUCUUAUAUUUCUAAUACAUUUGUAUUAGUAUGCUUAAUAAUUCAUUACUAUAUUUGACUUGAUUGUAUAUUUUUUAUCAUUUAUAACAUGGCUAAAAGAAAAGCAGGCGUUAAUGAUAUAGUUUUUGAAUUAGAUAAUGAUGAUAUUGAAAUAAGUAGUGAUGAUGAUACUAAAGAAUCAAAAAAGGGACGAUUUGGAACUGAUAACAUUAUGAAAUCAUGCGAAAAUAAAAAUACAAGUGACCGUGAGUGUGUAGAAGUUAUUAGUAUUGAUAGUUCUGAAGAAAUAUUUUCAGAAAUAGAACCACAAAAUAAAGUUAAUAAUGGAGGGAAAAUACCUUCUGAAACAACACCAAUAAAAAAUAACUUUAAUGUAAAAAGUGACUCGAAUAACGUACAAAAUAAACAAUCAAAAACAGAUAAAUGUCGAAAAACCGGGAAAGAUUGCUUAAAUACGAUUAUAUUUGAAAAUGAAAUAAUUGUUGAUUCACCUGCUUCCAACAGUGAUUUGAGUGUUGUCGGAUGCGAAAAUAGGACACCAUUAAUAUCAGUGCGUUUUAAAGACACUAAAUUAGCGCAUGUUUAUAAAAAAACGAUAAAAGAUUUUCUAAUUAAUCUAUUAAAAUCAAGGAGUGAUGAAAAAAUAAAUGAUACUCAUGAAUCUGAUAACGAAUUUGAUAUCUGGCCAGAAGACUUGGUUGAAGAGGACUGUAAUAAAGAGGAAAUAUCUAAUUCAAAUAUUGAUGAUAGCUUAUUUUUUGUGGACACAGAACCCUGUGAAGAUAAGCACAUAGAAAUACCUAAAUAUAGUCAAAUUUCAUCACUGAUUUCAAACAAAGUUGAAGAAGAAAGUCCUCCUGUGCCGUUAAGGAGGCGGCAAAUAUGCUUCAAUUGUGAUGGUGAACACCAACUUCGAGAAUGUCCCUUACCUAGGGAUAACUGCAGAAUAGCAGGGAACAGGAAAGCUUUUCCAACUAAAAUGGGACGUUACCAUGUGGAAGAUGACCAAAAGUAUGGACACUUAGUGCCUGGAAGGAUUUCAUCUACACUUAGAAAUGCAUUAGGACUGAAGAGAUAUGAACUGCCGUUACAUAUCUAUCGUAUGAGGUUAUUGGGUUACCCACCAGGAUGGUUAGAAGAGGCUCGAAUAUCACAUUCUGGGAUCACAAUGUUUGACUCCUCUGGUACUGCAAUUCUGGAUCCUGAAGAAGAAGAAGGUGAAGUUUGCGAACCAGGUUCUAAAGACAAAUUUGAUAUAAAGAAGAUUCUAGACUUUCCAGGUUUCAAUGUUUCUGCCAGUUCCCAGUAUGUAGAGGAAGGACAUUUAUUCGGGCUGCCGCCUAUGUCGGAGCAGGACAGCAAGAUGAUGAUGCUACAAACAUUAGCUCCUAAUGCAGUGAAGGCAUACAAGCGCAAAAAAUUGUUGAUGUUCCCCACAUCUAAUAAUACCUCUUUGCAAGGACAGGCCGAAAUGGAGUUGGACAGCGACGAUGAGGUAGUAUUUCCAUUAAUUCCGCCUUUACCUGACGAAGAACCUCCAUCAGUAGAGCCUCCACCACCACCACCACCGUUGCCGCCGCCAGAAGAUCAACUUGAAUCUAAUUCAUCCGUCAAAACACUUAAUAAUAAAACAAAAAAUAAUUUGGAAAAGCAAGCAUGUAGUACUACAGUAACAACCGAUGGUAAGAGUGCCAGAAGUACUUCUAACGAAAAGAAAGAACAUUCAACUAAUGAAAAGAUAGGUUUGGAUUCCAGUGAUGUGGAAGUUAUAGAAGUGCUUCAAGUGAAUGAUAUACCAGUGCCUGAAGAUGAUUUGAUCACCAUUGAUGAAGACUUUGAUUCUACAUCACCAACAAGCAGUGGUCGUCAAAGUCCAACUCUCGAUGAUUUAGAGAAAAAGAAAAGACUUCUUUUGAAUGCACUUAAGUCUGACGUCGUAUCAGCCGUCGAAACAACUAUUGACCUUUCAGAAUCAAUUGAAACCGAGGGAAGUAUAAGUGAAGCUGACAGCGCUGGUGUUAUAGAAAUCGAUGAAUCAACGGAAGCACUAGAAAAUGAACAACAAAAUGAUAAGAAAGAAGAAGUUGAUGGAGAUGACGGAAAUGACGAAUCUGGAAAGCAUCGAUUAUCAGUGGAUGUGACUGAGAGUUUAAUUGAAACAAAUGAGGUCGCAAUUUCUCCAGCACUUAAAACAGUCAGAAAUGUUGAUAAAGACGAAAAUACAACUACAGAAAAUAACAUUAACAACGACAAAACUAUAAAUGAGCAACAAACUUCAAAACCUAUAGAAGCUUCAAAAUCGUCAGAAGUCGAAACUGGUCAGACGGAAAGUACCAAGCAAUGCAACGAAGCAGAUAAUGAAAUUACUUCCAUUCCAUCGUCAUCACAAGCGAAUGACUCAGAUCAGAGUGUAAAAACACCAAACACAAAGGCAGGUCACGUUAAAACCACACAAUAUGGUACGCCAGUUAUAAACGUCGCGUCGACGUACAUGAAAUUACCUAGCGAGGAUAAGUUUUCAAAAGACAUUUGUGAUGUUAUUAAUUUCGAAAAUCUUCCAAACUCAACUGGUAAGUUUAAGCAAAUCAGUACUUUGCUUAAGAAAGUAAAAUCUGUUGUCGAUAUGAUACAGGAUUCAUGAUUAUAAACGACCACCUUGUUGCGAGGUGGUGUAUUGAGAAUAAAAAAAACGUGGUGGACAUUAAUAUAACUAUAAUUAAAAAAGAUAUUUCAACUUAGUGGUAUAUAAAACAUAUACUCUACGACAAAAUUAAGAUUAUAGUUUAACUUACUGAUUUAACAAUUUUUUUUUUAAUUUAAAAUUCGCGUUUAAGUAAGAGGUUCAUUGAGAAAAUAUUAUAAGAAUCAAUGCCUUAAUGCGUGUGCAUCAGACAGUCAUUCUAUAAAAUAAUACCAGCAUUUAGUACUAUUUAGUACCUUUGUUUAAAUACUUGGCCGACAAAAAAAAAUGGCCGAGCAUGGCCAUUCAUAACUUUAGGACUCCGUAUUGUGCAUUUAUCUUUGCACGAUUAUUUAGUACCUAAACAUACAUUUUUAUGUAUAUAAAACACUGACUCAAAAAUAAAAUUACGUUUUUUUUUGUUAAUGAUUUAGGUACCAAAUAUUUAAACAAAAGUACUAAAUAAGUACUAAAUGCUGGUAGUAUUUUAAAGCUGAUCCUUCAUUUGUACAGUCAUUUUCAAGCACGCUGUACUAAGAUUUGCUGUUAUUCUAAUAGCAGAAAAUUGUAGAAAUGUUCAAAAAUAUAUGAAAACAUUAAUUUUGAAAUGUAUUUUACACUUUUUUUCGAAUUUGGAUAUUCUUCGGUUUUCCGAAAAAUGAUUAUUAUGCGUAUUGAUGAUUACCAUGAUAUAUUUUAUAUCAUGGUAUGAUGAUGAUCAUGGUAUGAUGAUGAUCAUGAUAUAUUUUUCCAUCAGUGUGCGCGUGUCUCAGUUCUAAAAGGUCGCAUGUGGUUCUGAUCGUGUGCAUAUUAUAAUAUUUAAAGUAUUCUAUUGCUAUUAGACACAAAAAGCUAGCGCUAUCCGUCGUAUAUUAACUAAGACAAGAUAUAUAUGACAGUAACUAACAUUUCAACUUGUAGAAUGCACCCGAUUAAAGAUGUGUUAACUGGUUGAAAAAAAAUCUUAGUAAUAGUAUUAGGUGUUCUAAAUUUUUUUUUUUACUUUAUCAAAACCAUUAAACGAGAGAGAUAUAAAACAUAAUAUUUUAUUUUAAUAAAUAUACAUGUGUAGAAAUAGGAUAAGUCUAAUUCCAUGCUCAAUAUUGUAGGUUGAAAUAAAAUAUUUUUGUACCAUGGGUAAUAUUUUGAGAUUAAAAAAAAAAUACAUGUAGCGUUUGCUUUAUUUCUCGGAUUAAAAUCUUGGAAAUAACUUUUUUUUUAUAUUUAUAAAUUGGUCAAAAAAAGUACAAUAUUGUUGUAUUAAAUACAUGUUUUAGUUAUGUUGUGCUUUUAUCUUUUAAACUUAUCUAAGUAAUAGUUAAUUUUAAAGGAAAUAAAUCAUAUUCGUAAGGUUUGUUAAAAGCAAAUGAAACAACCAAAUAUUAUGUGUCAUAAUAUUUAUUACUUUGCAAAUUAUACAAUCUUGAUUGUUGUCAUAUAUUAAAAUGUGAAAGCAAACAUUAAUCUAGUGGAAAAAAAACUUAAUAAUUCGAAAACCCAACCCAAAAUAAAACAAAAACUAAAAUUAAUGGAAUAUCACAAGCUGAACCAGACGAAUAAUCUGGUUAAUUUAAACAACAACAAAAAAAAACUCUUUAUUCAUUUGUAACCGCCAUAGAAAUACUAAAGGGGAGACUAAUAUUCGAAAAUAUUGAUUCAUUUAUUUAAAACAUCAGAUCUGUGUAUUGUUUUAAAAACGGUUUCCUUUACCGGUUAAAAUACAUAACUUGUGAUGCGAUUAAGUGUUUUCAAUGUAAAA